UUAGGUCAAGUCCGUAUAGAGUACCAUUUACAUACGUAUGCAUACAUCUGCAUCUAUAUUUCCUCCUCCAUUCCUGCCCUUUCCAUCCUCCUUUCUCUCUCUUCAUCACGGUGACCCCUGCCCCAUCUCUCCUCCCUCAAGGGGUCGCCCCCUCUCGCUCUCUAGAAAAUCAAAAAUAAAAACCGAAAUUGAAUUUGUAUAGAAUCAAUCAAUUCAAUCAAACCCAAAAUCAGGAGCAGACAUGUCGGAGAUGGCGUCGCCAGAUCCGGAGGGGAUCGACGGAGUUCGCAUGACGUGGAACGUCUGGCCGCGGACCAAGGUGGAGGCGAGCAAGUGCGUGGUUCCAAUCGCCGCCUCAAUCUCUCCGAUUCGGUCCCACCCGGACAUUCCCACGCUCCCCUACGCGCCGCUGCAGUGUAAGACCUGCUCCGCCGUGCUCAACCCCUUCUGCCGGGUCGACUUCACCGCCCUAAUCUGGAUCUGCCCCUUCUGCUUCCAGCGCAACAACUUCCCCCGCCAUUACUCCGCCGUCUCCGAGACCAACGUCCCCGCCGAACUCUACCCCCAAUACACCACCAUCCAGUACUCCCUCGCUAACCCUAGCAAUCCCGAGGCCUCGCCGCAGCCGCAUGUGUACCUUUUCGUGCUCGAUACGUGCAUGAUCGAGGAGGAAUUGGGGUUUGCCAAAUCGGCGAUGAAGCGGGCAAUUGGGUUGCUGCCCGAGAAUGCGAUGGUCGGGUUCGUAUCGUUCGGGACCCAGGUUCAGGUUCACGAAUUGGGGUUUUCGGAGAUGUCUAAGGUUUACGUCUUUCGGGGUUCCAAGGAGCUCCCCAAAGAUCAGGUUUUGGAGCAGUUGGGUCUCGGCGUUGCGAGGCGGAGGACCGGGCCGGGAUUACCUAAGGGGGGACAGAGUGGGAUUAUAGAUUCGGGGAUUAGUAGGUUUUUGUUGCCGGCUUCGGAAUGUGAAUACACACUCGAUUCGAUGUUGGAUGAGUUGGUCUCUGAUGAGUGGCCUGUUCCACCCGGCAGCAGGCCAUUACGGUGCACCGGAGUCGCAUUGAGCAUUGCGGCAGGAUUACUUGGAGCUUGUCAGCCUGGCACUGGUGCUCGGAUUAUAGCAUUGGUGGGCGGUCCAUGCACAGAAGGGCCCGGCACGAUCGUGUCAACGGAUUUGUCUGAUCCAGUUCGUUCCCAUAAAGAUCUUGAUAAGGAUGCUGCAUCAUAUUUCAAAAAAGCAGUUCAAUUUUAUGAGGAUCUUUCAAAACAGUUGGUCAGCCAGGGUCACGUCUUAGACCUUUUUGCUUCUGCGCUUGAUCAGGUUGGGGUUGCAGAGAUGAAGGUUGCAAUUGAAAAAACUGGUGGCCUCGUUGUUCAAGCUGAAAGUUUUGGACAUUCUGUUUUUAAAGACUCUUUCAAGCGUAUUUUUGAAGACGGAGAUCAGUCCCUUGGCCUCUCCUUUAAUGGCACACUUGAGAUCAACUGUUCAAAGGAUAUCAAAAUUCAAGGGAUCAUUGGACCUUGCACGUCUUUGGAGAAGAAAGGACCUGGUGUUGCCAAUACAGUCAUUGGGCAGGGGAAUACUACAGCUUGGAAGAUGUGUGGCCUUGACAAAACUACUUGCUUGACUGUUUUCUUUGAUAUUUCAUCUAGUGAAAAAUCAGACACUUCAGGAAAUUUAAAUCCGCAAUUGUACAUACAGAUUCUUGCCAGAUACCAGAGUCAUGAAGGUCAAACCUGGCUGCGAGUUACAACUAUUACUAGAAGAUGGAUAGAUAGUGCUGUUGGUUCGGAGGAAUUAGUGCAAGGAUUUGAUCAGGAAACUGCUGCUGUAGUGAUGGCAAGAUUAACUUCUUAUAAAAUGGAGAUGGAGGAAGGGUUCGAUCCAACACGGUGGUUGGAUCGGAAUCUUAUUCGUCUCUGUUCCAAAUUUGGUGACUACCGGAAAGAUGAUCCAUCGUCUUUUACAUUGAAUCCCUGUUUUUCGUUGUUUCCUCAGUUUAUGUUUAAUCUUCGGCGGUCACAAUUUGUGCAGGUAUUUAACAAUAGUCCAGAUGAGACAGCCUAUUUUCGCAUGUUGUUAAACCGGGAGAAUAUAACCAACUCCGCAGUCAUGAUUCAACCAUCACUGAUAUCAUAUUCAUUCAACUCGCUCCCUUCACCAGCAUUGCUUGAUGUUUCUUCCAUAGCAGCUGAUCGUAUCCUCUUGUUGGAUUCCUACUUUAGUGUAGUCAUUUUCCAUGGAAUGACAAUAGCUCAGUGGCGGAACAUGGGUUACCAAAAUGAGCCAGAACACCAGGCAUUUGCACAGUUAUUACAAGCUCCUCAUGAUGAUGCCCUAGUGAUCAUUCGGGAUCGAUUUCCUGUUCCGAGAUUGGUGGUAUGUGAUCAGCAUGGAUCCCAGGCAAGAUUCCUAUUAGCAAAGUUGAACCCGUCAGCUACAUAUAGUAAUGCUCAUGAGAUGGCUGCUGGGACGGAGAUGAUCUUCACAGACGAUGUGAGUCUUCAGGUGUUCUUCGAGCAUCUUCAGAGGCUGGCCGUGCAAUCUUCUUGAGACCCCAAAACGAGGGGUACUUUAGACUGUUAAUAUAUGAGAUGGUUUUGUGAAAUUUACUAUGGGUUCUCUAUCCCCUCUCUGGUGUCCUCUUAUUCAAUUCAGAUCCAUAGCUUUCUUUUUGCAUCAUUGGCAAGAUGAGAGAGGCCAGACCCGGCAUUGUUUGAACAAUAAAAGCUCGUCAUUAUUUCGGGUUGUUGGAUUGUUUGCUUCCUUUUCAGAAGAAUAAGGAACUCAAGAUCAGUUGAAACAAGUUAUAUGAGAAGAGAGGAUGAUAACCUUAAGUUAUAAGAGGCGUAACUGUGCCAGCAGCGGGGCCAGGAAUAUAUUUUGUCAGUUUUGUUUUCUCAAUUUUCUUCAUGUACGUUACAUAGAUCAGAUGCUUGUUUCCUGUGUACCUGAAUUUAAAGUCAUACACUUCAUGAAGCCUAGGUUUCGAGGUUGAAAAAGUCAAGAAAAUUCUGCUUGUUUUCUA